AUGGCAAUACCAGAUGCAGCUGCGGUGACGUCGCCGGCGCUCGUGAUGACGGAGGCGGAGCUGCGGAAGGCGCUGCAGCCAGCCCCUCUCCAUAAGGUAAAGAACUUCUCUGGCGCGACCAUCGCAGCCGACUGCUCUACUGCGGUCGCCGUUGCCCUCACGGCGGCUAUUCCGAUCUCUAUAAUCGACUACAGCAUAAUGGCGCGGGUGGCCGGCGUUUCCCCGAGUAGCACACAGGAGCUCUUCAAGGGUGUCACGACGGUGCUCUUACGCCCUCACAAGUUUUUCUUCCCAUGCGCGGAGAACAAGUGCAGCCUGGUAUACCGUGUUUGCGCCACAACGUACGGCUUUACGUACAUGGGCUCCAAUCUGGCAAAGAGCUACUGUGAAUCGCACGGUAUGGAGAAGGAUGCAAAUCUGGCCGCAGGCAUUGUGAGUGGUGUGAUGAACACUGUCUUCACAAUUUGGAAAGAUAGCAUCAUCUUGCGCGCUCUGCCACCGGCCAAUCCGAAGGACCUGUCCAGCGCGAAGAAGCCAGUGCCGUUCUUGACGCGCGCCCUUUUCUGCGGACGUGACACGCUGACGUGCGUAGCCGCCUUCACGUUCGUGCCCAUUGUCGCGUCGUGGAUCUCGGGGUACGCCUACCACCAGAAGCGGCUGCCGCAGGCGUCAGACGCAAUUCUUCCCGAAAACGAGGGCAAGGUGCGCCUGCCCAUUUCAUGCGUCGACACAGCGCAGAUGUUGACGCCGGCGCUUCUGCAGUUCUUGACGACGCUCAUGCACAUCACAGCUAUUCGGUACCGUCAGAUGUACCCGCAUUUUUCGCUGAAGGAUCUCUCCGACAGCAUGCGGAGCACGUACAUCUCCUCGACACUUCUGCGGAUUUGUCGUAUUAUGCCCGCCUUUGGCAUCGGCGGUAUCAUGAAUCGCGAACUGCGCUCCUCGUUGCUGGACAAGGCAGACCCCCUCGAGCAGCCGACCGUGGCGUAA